GAUAAGGUCUGUGAGGCAGCAGCUGCUAUUAAAGCUCAGAGGGUGCGAAGGGGCACUGGCCAUAAAACCUCUCUAAAUCAGCUGCUGGAGGACAUUUUGAAUUAUUAAACAUUAAGCACUACUCAUCACAAUGCAUUGCCUGAAACGUCUGAGGACUGCUAACCCGGGAAUCUUGCUGCUAUUUAAAAAUUCAGGAAUCUCUGCCAGACUUGGAGCUGACAACAUUGUUUUGUCCAGGACACAGCCACCUCUUCCAAUCCCCUGCUGGGCUGCAGCAUCACCCCACACCCAAAGAGCCUUUGACCACCCGAACAGUCCUGAUGUGGACCAAGGACACUCCAAAAGUAGGUUGAUGUCCACUAUGGAAGACCUACUUUUCUACACCAUCACUGAAGGCAAAGAGAUGAUCCCCAUGUCACAGUUUAUCUCUGCCUUGAGGAAAACAGGUUUGCUGACAUCUGACCCUCGACUACGUGACUGCAUCCGUCAGAUGCGACAAUCCACGCAGGACUCUCUUGGUCCAGUCAUGAUGGAUAAGAAGCUCUUCAGACGGUGUGUGGGUAAUAACAUCAUGUUGCUCACCAAGGCUUUCAGAAAAAAAUUUAUUAUCCCUGAAUUUGAAGAGUAUGCUCAGCAGAUUAAUAGGAUGUACGACAGUGCACAAAGGCAGGAGGCAGGACAGGUAGCUGAUUACAUACCUCAGCUGGCUAAAUUCAGCCAUGAACUCUGGGGCGUAUCUCUGUGCACAAUCGACGGCCAGAGACACUCAGUGGGGGACACCAAGGUUCCCUUCUGUCUGCAGUCGUGUGUGAAGCCCUUGGAAUAUGCCAUCGCUGUGCAUGAGCUCAGCAGCGAACACGUUCACCACUUUGUGGGCAAAGAGCCGAGUGGCUUCAAGUUUAACAAACUAUCACUUAAUGAGCAAGACAAACCACACAACCCGAUGGUGAAUGCUGGAGCUAUUGUCAUCAGUUCUUUAAUUAAGCCUCAUUCAAAUAAGGCAGAGAGGUUCGACUAUGUGAUGGAGUUUUUGAAAAGCAUGUCUGGUGCAGAGUAUGUGGGAUUUAGCAAUGCAACUUUCCAGUCAGAGAGGGAGACUGGUGACAGGAAUUAUGCAAUCGGAUAUUACCUCAAAGAGAAAAAGUGUUUUCCUGACAAUGCAGAUAUGACUGCAGCCCUUGAUUUCUAUUUUCAGCUCUGCUCUAUUGAGGUUACCUGUGAGUCAGGGAGCGUGAUGGCUGCCACGCUAGCCAAUGGUGGUAUUUGUCCAAUCACAGGUGAGCGUGUGCUGAGCGCAGAAGCCGUUCGCAACACCCUGAGUCUCAUGCAUUCUUGUGGCAUGUACGACUUCUCGGGACAGUUUGCUUUCCAUGUGGGCUUGCCUGCCAAAUCUGGCGUUUCAGGUGCGGUUCUGCUGGUGGUCCCCAACGUCAUGGGUAUGAUGUGUUGGUCCCCGCCCUUAGAUCGGCUUGGAAACAGUGUUCGUGGCAUUCACUUUUGUCAGGAACUGGUGUCCUACUACAACUUCCACAAUUACGACAACCUGAGGCAUUUCACAAAGAAACACGACCCAAGGAGAAGAUCAGAUGAAGAUUCAAACAAGUCGAUGGUGAACCUGAUGUUUGCAGCUUACAGUGGUGACAUCUCUUCUCUGAGGAGGUUUGCCCUUUCAGCUGUGAACAUGGAGCAGAGAGACUAUGACUCCCGCACAGUGCUCCAUAUCGCUGCUGCUGAAGGUCAUGUGGAGGCUGUAAUCUUCCUGACUGAAAUAUGUAAAGUGAACCCACACGUAAAAGAUAGAUGGGGAAAUACACCUCUGGAUGAUGCCAUGCAGUUCAGUCAUGAUGUUGUUGUAUCGCUCCUGCAAGAGUACCAGCAUGUAUACAACAGCAGCAACUCGCCCAAUGACACAGACGAGGCGAGCAGAACACUAGACACGCUGAAGAGCAUACAGUAAUUUAACUGCAAGGGAUCAUAUUAAUUUAUGUAUGAGAAGACUAAAAGAACACAGGGUCCUUAAAAGUACAUGUAUAAGCUUAAUUAUUAUUAUAACAAUAAAAAUAGUCGUUCCUGAA